AGUCCUAGGAGAGUAGGAAAUUUGUGUUGUUUUUCCUGUCUUAAAAAAGGCAUGUCAAUUAAAAAACCGUUUAACUGACUUAUUUUACUAAUAUUUGUCAUUAACUUUUUUUCGUCACUUGUAUCAAGUCUUUUAAGUAGAUAUUUUUUCGAUGACAUGAAUUUCUGAUCGUUUUGUCAACAUGUUGGUACCUUAACGAUAUGUCAAAAAACAGCCUAAAAACUGAUAUCUUAUAGAUGUCACAAAGCCAAGUGUGCUACUUGGGCAGUGACAGGAUAAUUAAAAUAUUAAUUCAUAUAAAGAAAAUAAAUACGACUGUCCUUUUUCCCGCGUAAUUUACAUAUAAUUCGAAUGAUAUAGAUAAAUCUAUUUAUCUCGAUACUUGUCAAUUAAAAAGAGUUUAAACUAUGAAAAGGCACAAAUUCAACUCAAGACCUUUUCAAUGAUACCCAUUUUAAUAAUUAAUUCUAUCAUAUAGAUAUGGCUGGAACAAAAUUUUCUUAAUCUUUUAAUAAUAAUAAUUAUUUGAGGAGGAUUUUAGAAUUUUACUAUCUCAGUGGAGUUUCGAAAGUUUAAGGUCAAUAGCAGAAGUUAAAUAUUUACCGCCAAUAAAAGUAACAGUUAAUCAAGUAACUAAUAUAAUGGAAUACUUGUCUCCACGGGCAAAACAUUGGUUCAUUGGUGGUGAUAGAACUCUAGCUGUGGGAAUUAAACUACUGAGAGAUAAAAAAGUAAUAGCUGUACCUACAGACACGAUAUAUGGUCUAGCAGCAUUGGCACAAGACACUGAGUGUGUUGAAAAAUUAUAUGAAAUAAAAGGACGGGAUAAAAGCAAGCCAUUUGCUAUCGCGCUCAACAGUAUCAGUGAUAUCAAAUAUUGGGGUGAAAUAGAACAUAUACCAAUGAAUCUUUUGAUGGCAUUAUUACCAGGACAAGUCACUAUUGUUAUAAAACGUAAGCCUACAUUGAAUCCAAAACUUAAUCCCGGUAUAGAUACUAUUGGAGUCCGUGUUACGGACAAUAAAUUUGUACGUAGUCUCGCUAAAAUAUUGAAUGCACCUUUGGCGUUAACGAGCGCUAAUCGUAGUAAUGAGAAAAGCAGUCUUACUGCUGAAGAAUUUUCUGAGUUAUGGCCAUCAAUUGAUGGAAUUUUUUAUACGAUACCGAAUAAGCGUAAACUUGAUGAAAAGUAUCGGGCUGGUUCAACAAUUGUUGAUUUAACUGUCCCGUAUAAAUAUAAAAUUAUACGUCCUGGUAUUGCUCAUCAACGGACUCUUAGAUUUUUACAUCUCUAUGGAUAUACUCCAAUGGAAUCUUAAUUUUUGUUUUUUUAUUUAUUUAUUCAAAUCGUGAUACUAAAUACUAAUUUUUUUUGCUAAUUGUACUUUUUAUCUUGAAGUAUAAAAAUAAAUUUUGAAGUUUUUUUUACGCCCUUAUGAUUCCAGUGAUGGAAUUUAAAUUUAUGUACAUAGAACCAGUGUAAAUUAACAGUUAUUGGAUCUUGUUAAUUAUAAUCUAAUAUUAUGAAUUAAUUAAUAACAAUAAAAAUUAAAUUUAAAAAAUAUUUAAAAUAAUUUUAUUCAUCAAUUAUU